AUGGGAUUCACACCAUACUCCGGCCCCGCGUCCGCCUUCCCCCCUUCCUCCACCUGGAAAACCUUCGACGAGAUCUUCAACGCGAACAAAGCCGAGAUGCUCCAAACAGGCGACACGGAGUCAGAUGUCAGCCACAUCCACACUGCCGUCUUGCAGGCCGCCAAAGAAAUCGGCGUCGAAGAACGUGUCAUCUUCUGUAUCAUCAUGCAAGAGAGCACCGGCAACGUAGGUGUCGGGACCACCAUCGACAACGGACAGAAGCCCACUGGAGGUUUGAUGCAAGCAGAAGAGAGCCCGGCAUUUCCUGGACAGCAUAACUUGCCGCAGUCCGAUAUCACUGCGAUGGUGAUGGCAGGUACGAAACAUUUCAAGGGCAACUUGGAGCAGGAAGGUGAUGCGGAUAAUGCGGUUACCAUUUAUGAGGCGUUGAGGCUGUAUAACUCGGGGAGGAUUGACAAGAGGAAUUUGUCGAAUCCGGAGGGAGCUACUGCUAGCUAUGUGUCGGAUAUUGCGAACAGAUUGCAAGGACGCACGAACUAG